AUGUUCCGUCGUCUUUUGCUUCUCGCCUCGUUACUCUGCGUGGCGUACUCUUGGUGCACGCCGUUCGUCGCUUGUAACCAGACUGUCGUAAGUGUAUAAAGUCUUUUCUGGUAACGACGUCUACAUUUUCAGUAUGGAGACUUCAGCGAUCCAGAGAGCGGAAUGAAGAUUGUCCUUCUGGGACGUCCAUUCCAGAAGAACGACGAACUUCUUAUCACGGGAGAGUUUUACAACAACGGCUCGGAUGUGAUGGAUGAUGCCACGUACGAGUCUUCUUGAGUUUUAACGAAUCGUGUUGUUCAGAUUCUCGGUCGGCUUGUCGAAGGGACUGAUUAUGCACCAACUAGGGGAGGAUCCAAAACAGUAUUUGUUAACAACCACACUGGGAGCCAAUGCUACGGCUAUGAACGUCACGGGACUCUUGAAAUACACACUGUCUACAUUUAACUACGGCGUCAAAUCAAUUCCGCAACCAGUAUUAUCUUGUGCAGAACCGUUUGUUUUCAAACUCAAGUACUGUUAUAACAGUAGAGGAAAUCAAAACAUGUAUGCACAUUUAGAAGCGUUGAUGGGUUCGGUUUUGCCUUUGGAAAUGGAACAGUCUAUGCAGGAAAAGUUCCGUCUCAGUAUCCAAAGAACAUCAGUUCACAAUCAGUAUUCUUCAACGGACAAUUCAAAACGUCCAAAAUGGAACUGUAAGUUCAUAGAACAUCCAUCAAAAUCAAUUGAAUCAAAUGAUUCUUUUUCCCUUUCUAGGAGGUGCAUUGACUGA